AUGGGUAGUAAGUACGGCAACCUGGUGGAAACUCUUGUCACCAUCGACCUGGAACGACCAGCCUGGGAGCAGGAAGGUCUGCACAACAGAUGGCAUCCCGACAUCCCCUGCUACAAAAAAAUGAAACAGAACAAAGCGUACAAAAUCGAGUGCUACGACUGGACAGGAGGCCAGGUCGGGAACAACGACUCUGCCGAUGACAUCAAAUAUUGCGACCUUACAAAAAUCCACUAUUUGUCUGGGCCAUUUGAGGUGGAAGAUGCUGAGAAGGGCGACGUUCUGGUGGUGGAAAUCCAGGACGUCCAGCCUCUCGAAAGACAGCCUUGGGGAUACUGCGGGAUCUUCGCCAAGGAGAACGGAGGCGGAUUUCUGGACAAACACUAUCCCAAGGCUGCCAAGGCCGUGUUCGACUUCGAGGGCAUCCACUGCUCCUCCAGACACAUCCCUGGCGUCCGUUUUGCCGGCCUUGUCCAUCCAGGAAUUAUUGGAACCGCUCCGAGCCACGAGAUCCUUGCAGAGUGGACCAGAAGAGAGACAGAGCUCGUGGAGUCCAACCCAGACGCCGAUUUCGUGAUGGCCAACCUGCCAACGGGACAGAAUGCCUACGCAGGUGCUUGCGGCUUGGAACUGCAGUCCAAACUGGCACACGGAGGAAGAACCAUCCCGGGCCGUCCUGAAAACGGUGGCAACUGCGACAUCAAGAACCUGUCGCGCGGGUCCAAGGUGUACCUGCCGGUCAACGUGGACGGGGCCAAGCUGAGUGUCGGAGACCUGCAUUUUUCCCAAGGAGAUGGCGAGAUCUCGUUUUGCGGAGCAAUUGAGAUGUGCGGGUCCAUCACCCUGAAAUGCUCUGUUCUUAAAAAAGGCAUGUUCAAGCUCAACAUGAAAAGUCCCAUGUAUUUGCCUGGCCCGGUAGAAAAUCACUACGGCCCAGGCAGAUACCUCACGUUCGAAGGCUUUUCUGUCGACGAAGACGGCAAACAGCUGUGUCUGGACACGACGGUUGCAUACAGACAGACAUGUCUCAGGGCCAUUGAGUAUCUCAGAAGAUACGGCUACAAUGACUACCAGAUCUAUCUGCUGCUGUCCUGUGCGCCGAUCCAGGGCCACAUCGCGGGAAUUGUUGACGUGCCAAACUCGUGCACCACCAUUGGCCUGCCGAUGGAUAUUUUUGAGUUUGAUAUUUCUCCAGAAAAAGAUGUUGUCAAACGCGAUCUUGGAAACUGUGCUUUCGCCAACGACGAUCUCGAAAAAGGUUUUCCGUUGUACGACGAGCUUCCAAAUUUCCUUUUGGAAAAUAUCACUAAAUAG